AUGAGACGAAGUGCCCUAGGUCAAGCUGGGGCUCUCGCCUUCGUGCUGAGCGCCGGCUAUGUAUGUCUUGAUGGCCUAAGCUUCGUCGGUGCUGGUCUCACUGGCAGCCGAUCCUUGUCCAGCGAGAUGAAGGGCUACAGGCUGGACAGGAUGCUUGAAGCCACGGAUGGCGACCGAUCUUUGCAGACCUCGGAAGGCUUCUGGAUCGGAGAGAAAGGCUUCGAGAAAUCGCAGUGGGCACAAGGCUACCGAUACCGCAUGCGGGCCUCGCCGGAGGAGUUCAAGAACGGCAUCGACUGUCCGGCUCCACUCCAGAUUGGCCCCAUCAAGUGGAAGGUGGGCGAGUGCUUCGGUGGAAGCGGCAACAACGACAAGCUGCGCCAGCUGAAGAAGGAGCUGGCUCAGGCUGGCCUCGACGACCCCAAGAAGCUCGCAGAGAACGAGUACUGGCUCAAGCGCUAUGGCCGCAAGCGCUGGUACCCCAAGUACAUCAACCAGUCCGGUGCCAAGAAUCAGCAGGGCCUCCUUCGCGGCUUGGCGGCCUGGUCUGGCUACGACCCCCUCAAUGAGGAGCGUGGCAAGACUUGGAUCGAGGCGGAUUAUGGCAAGCCUCUCGUGGAGGGCAAGAAGGAUUAUCGGCUGCCAGGCCUCCUCACCAAGGAGCAAAUGCAGAUUGAGCUUGACAGCGGCAAGCUGCCCAAGCCUG